GCUGAGGGUCGGGCCGACGCCGUCGUUCUCGAGUCUUCCGGUGUCUGGGCACCUCCUCCCUCCGAAGUCUGAGGAGACGCCCUCCGGAGACCAAGCUGCUUCCUUCCUUCCCGCUUUGAACCGCUCAGGUUUGCUCCGGGAAACUCCUGCUCAACAUUCUCUCGUUCUGGUUCCCCCCCUUGAGGACUUCAGCUGUACACAACCCCCCUUUCUGGUUGUGCCCCCCCCGCCCCUUUCACCCCUCUAAAAUGUCCAAUAAUCUACAGAGGGUCGUCCUGAAACCCGCAGAGGAAAAUUCAGGCAACGCCUCGCAUUGUGUUUCAGGCUGCAUAUACCAAGUAGUUCAGACGAUUGGCUCGGAUGGAAAAAAUCUUCUGAAAUUACUUCCAAUUCCUAAUUCCUCUGGAAAUCUUAUACCGGUAGUUCAAUCUUCCGUCAUGUCUGAUCCUUUGAAAGAGAAUACAGGAAGCCCAGUUCAUGUUACUUUUCAAACUCAGAUUUCCAGCUCUUCCACAAGUGCAUCAGUUCAAUUGCCAGUCUUUCAGCCAGCCAAUUCUACAAAAUAUUUUCUCACAAGAACAGUAGAUGCAUCAGAAAAAGUUAGAGCUGCUUCUGUGGGAACUGAAAAGAUGACCUCAUCUGUUUCUAAACUUCAGAGUCAUAGUGUGAAAAUUGAUGGACUCGCCAUGCAAACAUUUGCUGUUCCUCCCUCUUCAACACAAAGUGAUUCAUCUUACAUUUUAGUAAAUACUCAGAAUCUUCCAAUGGCUGUGAAGCCUCCAGUUUUGCCUUCUGGGCAUCAUUUACAGAUUCCAGCCCAUGCUGAAGUGAAAUCUGUACCAGCUUCAUCGUUACCUCCUUCAGUUCAGCAAAAGAUACUCUCAACUACAGCCACAAGUACCUCAGGAACAGUUGAGACCUCCCAAAUACCAACUGUUAUAUAUGUAUCUCCUGUAAAAACAGUGAAAAAUGUAGUGACCAAGAACUUUCAAAACAUUUACCCCAAACCUAAAACCGAAAUAGCAAAUCCAGUGAUACGAAAUACCACACAAAUGCCAAGCAAUGUGGCAACAGAGACACAAUUAAAAAGUGGUCAACAUUCUCAACCUGCUCCAGUGAAAUGGAUUUUUCAAGAGACCCUACACCCCUACAGUCCAUCACUUGUUCCUGUUAAGUCUUCAAAUAAUGUGGCUUCAAAGAUUUUAAAAACAUUUGUAGAUAAGAAAAAUUCGGGAGACAAUACUGUAACUAUGCCACCAUUGAGUACCAUCAGUCCUAGUGGGACACAGUCCAAAACUAUACCUAUUAAAGAUAAUGCUUUGGUUAUGUUUAAUGGGAAAGUCUAUCUGUUGGCUAAAAAGGGGUCAGAUGUUUUGCCAUCACAGAUUGACCAACAGCCUUUUAUUUCUUCUGAUAUUCCAUCAAGAAAAGACAUACCACAAAUAGUGAGUUCAAGUCCAAUAACAAAUAUAUCCAGAGAGGUUGUAAAUAUUGUCUUGGCAAAAAGCAAAUCUUCCCUGAUGGAGACAAAAUCACUUUCUCCCAGGGCCAAUCUAAGUGCAGAGAAGAAUAAAAAGGUGGACCAACCAUCUCUUUCUACCCCAAACACACAUAACCAAUCCAUUAACUACUUAAGACCAAGUAAGACUUUAUUUACAAAGCCAACCUUUCCCAGUGGAUUUAGUACAGGACAAAAAAUUCCCAGAGAAGGAAUUAUCAUCCAGAGCAUAGAGAAAAUAAGUUCCUCUAUUGAUGCAACAGCUGUUACUGCCCAGCAGGGUGUUUUCAGAGACAAAGAACCAAAGAUCCAGAAUGACAUGGCAUCAACAUUAAAAAAAGUUACUCCAGAAAGAAAUGGCAUGAAAGAUGCUCAAGAAAGGAGUAAAAAGGCACGAUGUCUGAAGAGUGAUGCUGAAUUUAAAAAGAUCUUUGGCCUCACUAAAGAUCUGAGAGUGUGCCUUACUCGAAUUCCUGACCAUUUGGGCUCUGAAGGUUUUGUUGCAGUUAGCAGUGUGAUGAAGGGUGAUCCACACAAAAAGACAGACUUUCUGAUGAAGGAGGAAGAGAGAAAACAGAGUUUUGAGAAAAAAAGAAAAACAAAAAUCAUUAAGAGGAUGGAUUAUACAAAGAAGAGAAAAACUCAGAGUCCUUGUAACACAGCUGUAAACGGGGAAACUAAUGUCACCAGUUCUCAACUCCUUAGCAGUAGUUUACCGUCUUCAGAAGUAGCACAGCUUAACAGUGUCACAACCCACAACAAAACCUGUGAAGAAAAGAGAACUGAGAUAGAACACUGUAUUCGUGGUAACCAGAAGAAAGCUGCGUUGAGUUCAAAUGCAAGUGUUGAACAAAGUCAUUCCUUUAAUAAAACUUACUCAGAAGAUGUUUUCCCCAUGACCCCACCAGAGUUAGAAGAAACCAUUCGAGAUGAAAAAAUAAGAAGACUUAAGCAGGUGCUGAGAGAGAAAGAAGCAGCUCUUGAAGAAAUGCGUAAGAAAAUGCACCAAAAAUAAUAAAAUAUAGUUAAACUUAAAGACUUCAGUUUAAUACUUGCUUUUUCCCCCAGUAUACUUUUGUAUAAAGUUAAUUAUAGGUAGAUUCUGAAAAUGUCUGAAUGUGAUAUUUGAUUUUCAUCAGUGGAUUGUAAAUUUUAGGUAAGGGCUACAGAAAAGGUUGCUUCACGUGUGACUCCUAUGAGUAAUCUAUAUAGGAUAGCUGCAACUUUGUCUUAGGUAGAUUUUUUUUUUAGAAGGGAAAUUUUAUAUUUUUCCAUUUUAAAUACAAUUGCCUGAGUGUGGAUAUUUUUGCAGGACUUUUGUUGUUGUUUGUACCUUUAAUAGCUAAAUUGCUCAGGUGUUAUUCCAACAAUAAUUAUUCUGUAUUACUGACUUUUUACAAUCCUAGAGAUGAUUAAUUUAGAACCUGAAUUUUGCCAGUGGGCUUGUGUAUGUAUUCACUUGGUCUCUGUACCCAUAAAAUGGUAGUGUCUACUCACUGUAUAUUGUACCUUUUAAUUUUUAUUUCAUGAAAGGAAAUUUUGCAACAUUUAAAUAUGCAAACUUUUCUUAAAAAUGAAGAGUGUUUGUUUUGUAACGUACAAAACAGUUUUGUAUAUUCCAAAAUGGGUUUUUAGAAUGCAGGCUAUAUAUGAUGCAUUGUUUUCUGUUAAUUAUUCCUUUUGCCCUCAAGUUGAUUCUGAUACAUGGCAACCUCAUGUUUGUACAACGUUGCACCUAAAGUUUUCAGUGUUGUGACUUCUCAUAAUCAGAUCAUCAAGUCUUCUUAGAUGCCUGUGAGUGGACGAACCACCAGCCUUUCAACUAGUAAUUGAGUGAUUAAUUUUUACCACCGCCUAAAAAAAACCCAAAAAACCUUUUGCCAUCUAGUCCAAAUCUGAUUCGAACAGCAACUCUACAGGACAGAGUAGUACAUGGCUACUCAGAGACUCCUACUACAUGUUUCUGUGGAUUUGCCUAUUCUGGACAUUGAAAAAAUGGAAUCAUGUAAAAUGUUUUCUUAGGACUGGUUUCUUUCACUUAGUACUAAUAUUUUAAAAGUUCAUGUAGUAACAUGUAUUAGUACCUUAUUGUUGAAUGACAUUUUAUUGUAUAAAUACUCCAUGUUUUUGGUUAUCCAUCAGUUUGUGGAUAUGUUUUCAAUUCUUGGGUAUAUACCUAGGAAUGGAAUUAUUGGAUCAUAUGGGUAACUUCGUAUUCAGCAUUUUGAGGAACUGAUAAAUUGUUCAUUUAAAUUUUGUUUCCCUUACUCCCCCAAAACAGAUUUUGUCAGUUCUCAUCAUAAUUUUCCUAUUAGCAGAAUAUAGUUGUAUGAAUCAUUAUCCCCUUAGGAAAAAAAAUUUUUUAUUGUAAAAGUAUUAUAGAAAAUUAGAAAUAUUAAAAUUGAGCAUUUGAUUAUUCAGAUAAAAGCCAAUGCUACUGCCUUUUUGUAUAUUAUUUCUGAUCUUUUUCUGUGCUCCCCCACCACCUUACAAACACAUGUGUGUUUUCACCAAAAUGAAUUUCUGUUGUUCUGAAACAGCCUUCAAGAAGUCAAUAAUCUUUACCUUUAAUUGUCAGUAAAUUUUAAUUUCUUCUAAUAUCCAGGUGAAAUUCUGAUAGCCUAGUUCACCCCAGAAUAUCUUUUACAAAUAUUUUUUCCAAAGUAGAUCAAAUCUAGGUCUAUGUAGUUUAUUUUGCUGUAGUGCUUUUUAACUGGCUCUGUUUCUUAUGACAUUAGUUUAUUAAAUCAGCCAGUUCCUUGA